AUGGGAAAAUUUGUGAUCAAGCAGGCAAAGAACGAGCAGUUCUAUUUUAACCUGAAAGCAGACAAUGGGCAGACGAUCCUGUCCAGCGAAAUGUAUACCACCAAGGCGCCUGCCAGAAUGAAUGCCCCCAAACAGGAGCGCUACGAAAGGAAGACCGCUACGAAUGGCAAGCCAUACUUCAACCUGAAGGCCGGUAAUGGCCAGGUGAUCGGUACCAGCGAAAUGUAUGAAAAUGAAGCCGGGAGGGAUAAUGGCGUGGCGUCUGUAAUGAAGAAUGCACCUGAUGCAGCCAUUAUAGAAGAGUAA